GCGCGCCGCCAGGGGCAGAAGGGAGCCCGAGCGCGAGAGCGCGCUCUCCUGUUAGGAGAGGCUCCGAUGCCGCUGUUGUGAGAUGGCAUCAUUUUGUUGCGCUGGGGCGGCAGCGGCGCUAAAGGCGGCGGUGCCGACGGUCGGGAGCGGUGCCGAAGGUUGAGGAGAACCCAGCCGUCUGUCAGAGAAAAAAAUAAUAAUAAUAAGGGGGCGGCGGGGGCGGCACUACCUCGCAGCUGGGCUCCGAAGCCACGGCUGAAAGUGCAUCCUCUGAUAUGGCUGCAGCCUCCCCAACAUCUGGAAACAGUAAUAAUUACAAUGGAAGAUUACAGAUGCAAGUAACAAUUUCUAGUGCCAAAUUGAAAAGAAAAAAGAACUUUUUUGGUUUAGCUGCCAUUUAUACAGAACUAGUAGCAGACAACGAAGUGAAGAAAACAUCUAAGUCUGGCAGUUCCUCAAAUCCAAAAUGGGAAGAACAAUUAACAGUGAAUGUGACUCCACAGACCACUUUGGAAUUUAGAGUUUGGAGCCAUCAUACUUUAAAAGCUGAUGCUUUAUUAGGAAAAGCCACUGUAGAUCUUAGACAAGCUUUGGAAGUUCACAAUAGAAGAUUAGAACAUGUCAAAGAACAUUUGAAGCUUUCACUGGAAAAUAAGAGCGGCUUGAUACAAACAGGAGAACUGAUAAUAGUGCUUGAUGGUUUGGUGCUUGAAACAGAAUCUCUUUCAAAUCGCAGCUCACUAGUAACCACCCAGCAAAAUGGUGAUGCUUUACAUGAAAAUAGAGAAACACCUGCUAGGACCGCUUCCAGAUUAGAUAAUCAAACACCAUCAAGUUCCAUAGCACAGAUCUCAUUCCCUAUACAUGCUGUUAAUGGAGACAAUGGAGACAACUCAUCAUCUCCUCAUAUUGUGACCAGAUCCAAAAAUUCACCAAUACCAAAUCCACUGUCAAGUGAACAAGAUAACAACAUUGUUAGUUGUGAAUCAUCUAUAAUGGAAGCUGAUAAUCUUUCAAUCUCCGAAAUACCUAUGGAUUCUACAGAAGCACCAUCUACAUCUGCAGAUUGUACCACUACUAUUUCAGAAACUCCUAUAGAAACUGAGGCUACUACUAGUAAUGCUGAAAACAGUACAUCUAUAACUGCCUUCAAUGAAUUUUCAGGACUUCAGCCUGUUACUCCUCCAGAUUCUGUAUCCUCUAGCACAGAGAACAAUGCAACACCAAUGACAGAAGUAGCAAAACCAAGGGAGUCUGCUAAUGUAUCUGGCGAAGCUGUAAGGCAGCAACCUGGUAACACCAGCAUAGAACCUUUGCCCCCAGGAUGGGAACAAAGAAAGGAUCCACAUGGUAGAACCUAUUAUGUUGAUCAUAACACAAGAACUACAACUUGGGAAAGGCCUCAACCUUUGCCACCAGGCUGGGAAAGAAGGGUUGAUGAUCGCGGAAGAGUUUAUUAUGUGGACCACAAUACACGAACAACAACAUGGCAGAGACCAACAAUGGAAUCAGUUAGAAAUUUUGAACAAUGGCAGUCGCAACGAAAUCAAUUGCAAGGAGCUAUGCAACAAUUUAACCAACGAUACCUCUAUUCGGCUUCAAUGCUUUCUGCUGAAAAUGAUCCACUAGGUCCUUUACCACCAGGCUGGGAAAGGAGAGUUGAUUCAAAUGACAGAGUAUAUUUUGUAAAUCACAAUACAAAGACAACACAGUGGGAAGAUCCACGGACUCAAGGCUUACAAAAUGAAGAUCCCCUUCCAGAAGGCUGGGAAAUCAGAUACACUAGAGAAGGUGUAAGAUACUUCGUUGAUCAUAACACACGAACAACUACCUUCAAUGAUCCUCGUACUGGUAAAUCGUCCGUGUUAUUUUUAAAUAGAGAAUGGUUCUUCUUGCUAUCACAUGAAGUGCUGAACCCUAUGUAUUGUCUCUUUGAAUACGCUGGCAAGAGUAACUACUGUUUACAGAUAAAUCCAGCAUCAACAAUAAAUCCAGAUCAUCUUUCAUAUUUCUGUUUCAUUGGACGAUUUAUUGCUAUGGCAUUGUUUCAUGGCAAAUUCAUUGAUACUGGGUUUUCCCUGCCAUUCUACAAGCGCAUGCUAAAUAAGAAACUCACAAUAAAAGAUUUGGAAUCUAUUGACACUGAGUUUUAUAAUUCUCUAAUUUGGAUAAGGGACAACAAUAUAGAAGAAUGUAAUUUAGAAAUGUACUUCUGUGUUGACAUGGAGCUGCUAGGAAAGGUUACUUCACAUGAGCUGAAAUCAGGAGGAUCAAAUUUACUUGUCACUGAAGAAAACAAAGAAGAAUAUAUUGGCUUAAUGGCAGAGUGGCGGUUUUCACGAGGAGUACAAGAACAAACCAAAGCUUUCUUGGAUGGAUUCAAUGAAGUUGUUCCUCUUCAAUGGCUACAGUAUUUUGAUGAAAAAGAACUGGAGGUUAUGCUUUGUGGUAUGCAAGAGGUUGAUAUGGCGGACUGGCAAAGAAACACUGUUUAUCGCCAUUAUACAAGAAAUAGCAAACAAAUAAUGUGGUUCUGGCAGUUCAUAAAAGAAGCUGACAAUGAAGUCCGUAUGAGAUUGAUGCAAUUUGUCACUGGUACUUGCCGGUUACCACUGGGAGGAUUUGCAGAGCUCAUGGGAAGUAAUGGUCCUCAGAAAUUCUGUGUUGAAAAGGUUGGAAAGGAAACCUGGUUACCAAGAAGUCACACAUGUUUUAAUCGUUUAGAUUUACCACCUUAUAAAAGCUAUGAACAGCUGAAAGAAAAGUUGCUUUUUGCAAUUGAAGAAACAGAAGGAUUUGGACAAGAGUAAGACUCAUCAAAGUGAAGCUUUCGUUUUGUUUUUUUUCAGAUAGCCUGGCACAACUAAAUUGCAGUUAGUUGUACAUAAGCCGUCUCUUCUGUACAGCAGUUUUUCUGGAAAUCUUUUUUAAAAGCAGUUCUGUUCUUCCAUACAAAGAUAUGCAAAAACUUUUACUUUCUCUACUUAUUUAUUUUUCCCUCAGAGAUCGGCCAGAAUGAAAUUGAAACAGAAAAAGACUUGAUUUUAAAAUGUGUGCGUAUAUAUCUAUACAUGUAUAGAUAUGUAUGUACACACGCACACAAACAAUAGUCAGCUCUAGUUUUAUAGAGCUUUAAACUUAAAAAACAUCACAGCCAUUCAGAGGAUCAGGAGUUUCAUUCUUGACUUCAGAAAUAUACAGACUGCUGUAUUCUUCUAAUUUAUGCAACAUCUCUAAGGUUCUUUCUAUUGCAUGGCUGUUAUAAAAGGUGUUAAAAGGCUUUUGCCAUAUACAUCUUCAUUAUGUAGAAAAAUGCUGCUGGCUCUUUGAAGUGAUAGAAUAUAAUUCUAUCAGCUUAAUUUCUUUAAAAAGUAAUAGCUGUUAACCCUCUUUGCUACAUCUAUGUAGCUGUGGUCAUAGGUAAAGCCUUUAAUACUUGCACAAGGGUAAUGUACAGUAAAAUGAAUGUGAUUAUUAAGAUAUUGGUGCCACUGUUCUGACUCAGAAACAAGCUGAACAGACUAUUUUAACUCACAAUCAGCAUUAAAAAUUGUUUACAUACUAUCUUGCGUUAUCUCCAAGAGAACAGUAGGUAAUCUUGAAGAAAAAUAAAUAAAAGUUGCUUACAUGUUCUCUGGUGUUUUACCGGCUUUCCCACAAUAUUGGUUAUAUGCCUCAAUUUUGUAAGAUAAAUUAAUUUGAAAUUUAGUAGGAUAUGAAAAGUAAUGUGAAUUAUUCUGCUCAUGGAUUUUUUUUUUUGCUAUGGAUUUAGAGACCCCUAUUGAAACUAGUCACAAAAGCUUGCACAAUUGAAUUGAAUUUUAAUAGUGUUCAGUAUUCUUAUCCAUUUUUAACUUCAAUAAAUCCAGAAGCUCCUAAACAUCUUUAAAAUUUGUUUUUAUAAAGGCUAAGUCUUACUUGUCAUUAAGUGUACAAUAUUAUAUAUAUAUAUAAAAACAUUAAAUUAUUUUAGCAGUAUUGAGGGCAUUUGCUAUUUGCAAAUGUAUGACAAAUUCUACAACAUCGAUGUGAAUUAUAUCAAAUGCUACUUUUAGCAAACUGUGCUUCCUUAAUAGAGUAACAUUUUAAAUUACCAUUGUAUCAUGCAUUCAUUACUCAUUGUAAAUUCCAUUAAACUUACAGUUUUGUACACACACAAAAUAAAUUUCCUAGAAUUAACAUUUCUGUAACAUAUCAAACUGCAAAAAAUCUGUAAAUGCAGUAUGAUUCUGCUGUUAUUCAUUUUCUCAAUAUAGCAGU